GGGACUUGUAGUACAGUAAGAACUUUCGUACGUUUCUCGCAAACAAAACACGAAAACUUACGCUUCUGGAAUUGAAUCCAAAUCGAGAAUUUCCUUUACAAUGCUCUAAAUUCGUCUGUUAUGUUGAAUCCUUCGUAAGAGAGUAGAAUCGAAGACGAAUCAAAUGAACUUUCGAAGGGAGAAUCGUGCUUCGAGAACGUCUCUCUUUGAUGGCCUUGAUGGACUUGAAGAAGGUCGCUUGAGAGCUUCUUCUUCGUAUGCUCAUGACGAACGUGAUAAUGAUGAAGCUUUGGAAAAUCUUCAGGACAGAGUUUCGUUUCUCAAGAGAGUGACUGGAGACAUACAUGAAGAAGUUGAGAAUCAUAACCGCUUGCUUGACAAAGUGGGGAACAAAAUGGACUCCGCGAGGGGGAUAAUGUCGGGAACGAUCAACCGCUUCAAGUUGGUCUUUGAGAAGAAGUCUAAUCGAAAAAGUUGCAAACUCAUAGCUUAUUUUGUGCUCCUGUUCUUGAUCAUGUAUUACCUUAUUAGGCUAUUAAACUACAUCAAAGGGUAAAUUUGGAUACAAGAAGAAAGUAGAGUGUUAAAUGAAUAGUUUCGUUUGGGACUUCCAUUUUUGGAUUUCUCCUGAUGAAUGAAUGAUUCAGACAUAGUAAACAAGUCAAGGGACCCUAUUGAAACCCUAUUGAAACCCUAUUGAAACAAGACAAAGAAAGAGAUUGUGAAGAGACUAGUGAACCAACCGAAAGAAAAAAUGUUUGAUAGAGACUUGUUUGUCACAAGCAAAAUCAUCUCAUGUCAUUUCAUGUAAUGUAGCAAAAGCUUCUUUAUCAUUUGUCAACUAUUUGAUCUUGGGUUCAUGUUAGCAGUUUUGUCUACAAAAAGCUUAAUUGAUUGAUUGAUAAGCUUAAUUAUUAGCUUUCUGUGAAAAAAAGUUUAGCACUUUGUAAUAAAAACAAGAUAACUUGGCGUCUUGUUUCCAAAAAUUUCCAAUUUUCAGAA